AUGGACACUGUUGAUAAAAUCAUUCGUGGUGAAGAAAUUGAACAAUCUUCAUCUCAAGCAUCAUUUUAUCCUCCCGCUGAUCAACCACGUCUUACUUGGAAGGAAACUUUUACAACUAGGCGUGGUUGGUAUGGUGAAUAUGAUUAUGCUGCUCUCUGCAUGCCUCGUAUCCCAUUCAUUGGAAGCAGCAAGUCCGUCUCAUCUCCUUUCUUCGGUCCUAAUGAUGAAAUUCCUAUCAUGGUGGCCCUUCUUAUGGGAAUUCAACAUUUCUUGGCUGUUAUCGGUGGCGUUAUCACACCCACAGUCAUCAUCAGUGGUUCUGGUGCCGGUUACCUUAACCUUGAUGAAAGUACUCGCCAAUAUCUCACUUCCGCCUCUCUUAUCCUUUCUGGCAUCAUGAGCUUGAUCCAGAUUAUACGUGUUCGUAUUCCUAAGACUCGUUACUAUAUCGGCUCUGGACUUCUUCAGAUCACUGGUGUUGCCUUUUCAAACAUCCCAGCUGCAUCCGCUAUGAUUACCACAAUGUACGACAAUGGUACCUGUCAAAAAGAAUUGCAACCAGAUGGCACCUACAUCUAUUCGCCUUGUCCUGAUGCUUAUGGUGCUGUCUUGGGAACUUCCAUUGUCUGCGCUCUACUUUCCAUCCUCAUCAGUUUCUUGCCACCCAAGGUCAUGAAGCGCAUUUUCCCUAAAUCUGUCACUGGUGUUGUUCUUACCGUCAUUGGUGCCUCACUCAUUGUUAGCGGUAUGAAGAACUGGGCCGGUGGUAGCUCACCUUGUAUUGAUCGCCCUGACUCUGGUAUCUUCGCUCUAUGCCCAACCAUCUAUGCUCCUAAUGCUCAGAAAUGGGGUUCACCUGCCUACAUUGGUCUCGGUGCCUCCGUCUUCAUUACCAUCAUUAUCGUCGAAAUUGUUGGUUCUAUCUUCUUGAAGAAUACCAGUGUCGUUAUUGGUCUCCUCGUCGGUUGUGCUAUUGCUGGUGGAGUUGGCAUGUUUGACGGAAGCGGUAUUGCCGAUGCUCCUGCUAUUACCUUCCUUUGGGUCAAGACCUUCAAGCUAUCUGUUUAUGGACCUGGAAUUAUUCCUUUCUUGUUCGUCUACGUUGACUAUAUUGUUGAAUGUCUUGGUGAUCUUACAGCUGCCUGCGAUGUUUCUAAGCUUCCAGUUGAAGGUGAUGAAUUCAAUACUCGCUGUCAAGGUGGUCUAUUGGCUGAUGGUCUCUCCGGUAUAUUCUCUGGGCUCGGCACUUCCAUGGGUGUGGUCACCUUUACUCAAAACAAUGGUGUCAUUGCCGUUACUCGCUGCGCCUCCCGCAAGGCUGGCGUCAUUUGCGCUGUCCUCCUCAUUCUCUGUGGUGUCUUUGGCAAGAUUGCUGCCGCUUUCUUGGCUAUUCCCUCCAGCGUCAUGGGCGGUAUGACUGUUUUCUUGUUCUCCUCAGUUGCUACCUCUGGCAUUCGUAUCCUUGGCUUACUCAGCUGGUCUCGCAGAGAUCGUAUCGUUGUCGCUGGUUCUUUGGCUUUGGCCCUUGGUGUAGCGCUUGUUCCCGAUUUCUUCUCUUAUCUCCUUCCCACCGUAGAAAACGUUGCUCUGCAAGGCUUUUACGAUGCAAUCUCCACCGUUCUUAGCACCGGUUAUAUCAUGGCUGGUAUUGGCUCCAUUCUUCUUAACCUGGUUCUACCAGAAGAUGCUGCCGAUCCGGAAGAUAUUAAGUUGAAGGAGAAGACCCCCGCGUCUUCUAUUCAACAUGGUAUGGUGGUCUAA